GCGUUAGCUCUCGUUGAGGACGGAUUCUUAUCGACGGCAGUCGACAGUUGGGACAGUCGUUGAACGGAACCGUUUCAAAGUUGUGCGUCGUCCUUGUGGGGUGUUUUUCAAGAGCAGCGAACUUUUCUGAAUACCAAGUAGCAGUAUAGUUGUGCUGUUGCCACUCCUUUUUGCCAAUCAAGCCGAACGUCACAAGUUGAUUUCUCAGAAGUGAACUAGUUUCGUAGCUAAUUGCGCGUUUAUUGCCAUUGAUCGCGGCCAAGCUGGUUCAAGCUCAUCGGUUCCUCGUGUCGCUCGUGACUCUAAAGUUGAAAAGUGAAAGUGUUUUGUUCUAUUGCUCGGGUAUUGUGUAAUUCUGCUUCCGCUACGAUGAACCAAAGUCGUUACGAGAUCUCGGAUGACGCCGACGUGCUGAACCAGGAGAUUGACGACACCAACUUCCCGCGGAGCAACUCCAGCCUCGGCAACGGUUCCGUCAACAGUCUGAACGGAUUCGGCGGUGGGACUACGGCCUUUGCGGCCCGCCGACGAUCCAGCAGUCUGCGCAAGACCGAGUCCGAAUCGUUCGACGAUGAGUCCGGUCAGCAGCAGCCGCCGGAAGCCAACGGGACGGGGGAGACCAACGGAACAGCGACGGAUAAUACCGCUACGGCGGCAGGUCCCGGGGUGAACCGGGCUGAACCGGCUCCGCUGAGGACCACCAGCUUCUCAGGUGAGGUGUUUGACAACGGAUCCGUCCCAAACACUCCGCGCACGAUUCUUACACCAGGACACGAGAAAUGCACAUUCCACCACGACCUGGAGCUGGACCACAAGCCGUCGACCCGGGAGGACCUGCUGCCGCUGAUGUCCCGCUCGUACCGGAUGCUGCUGAGCAGCCUCGGCGAGGACCCCGAACGACAGGGUCUGCUGAAAACUCCGGAACGUGCCGCCAAAGCGAUGCUUUUCUUCACCAAAGGAUACGACCAAAGCUUGGAGGAGGCCCUCAACGGUGCCGUGUUCGACGAGGACCACGACGAGAUGGUGGUGGUGAAGGACAUCGAGAUGUUCUCCAUGUGUGAGCAUCACCUGGUUCCGUUCUACGGCAAGGUUUCGAUCGGUUAUCUGCCCUGCAAGAAGAUUCUGGGACUGAGCAAGCUGGCCAGAAUCGUCGAGAUCUUCUCCCGCCGGCUGCAGGUCCAGGAGCGGCUGACCAAACAGAUUGCCGUGGCCGUCACCCAGGCCGUUCAGCCCGCUGGAGUCGCCGUCAUCAUCGAGGGAGUGUACGUUGACCUCAUUUUAGAAUCUUUAAAUUUCAAUGUUAAAUCACAACAUUUCCUUUUGUUUACCUUCAUUUCUCCCCACAGCCACAUGUGCAUGGUCAUGCGGGGCGUCCAAAAGAUCAACAGCAAGACGGUCACCUCCACGAUGCUCGGCGUGUUCCGCGAUGAUCCCAAGACCCGGGAGGAGUUCCUUACGCUGUGCAACAAUAAGUAAGCCUACCGGAAGCAGAUCAAAACAAAAAUCCAUACGAAUGAGGCGAACGAUUUUAAAGGAAUUCAAGCUCUCUGUCUCAUCACACGGUGCGAGUAGCAGUCCAGCAUGUUUUAACUGUGUUGUAAGAAAAAUUAGGUACUUCCACGCCAAAAGUGGUUUUUAAAAUAUUGCUGUAAAUGUUAUACAAUGAAGUGGGAAAAAAAACUACGUGUUUUACAAAUUUGGUCCAAUAUUCCAAGCAAAAAAACUAAAUGUUACUUUUAGAAUAGUUGUUGUUACUGUUGAACAGAGAGAGAGAAAAGAUAAUAAACAAACACUUAUCGAACGGAAAUGAUAGAAAACCCAUGCACUUUAGGGGCCAAACAAAUCAUCCAAUACGUAUACAAAAUAAAAGAAAUCAAUGAUAUACUCAUAUAAAUAUACCAACAAGCCAACAACAAGUAACUAAACAAGGGACAUUUUUACAAGUUAACAGUGUGCAAUACAUAAGAUCAAUACGAGCUCUAUUGCUGAGGAAGUAGGUGACUUGCCAACUCGACGAUAUGUUCCAGAAGUUGAAAAAUUGCUUUCGUUCACCAGAUGUUAUUAUCCAUCCAGCGACACAAAAUUUGUUUUUGAUUGUUAAAAAUUUCAAACUGUUAUGUUUUUCUUUGUGAUUUUUUUCAUUUUUCAUUGUCGCGUAGUAUCACAAACGUAACUUGCAACAAUUAUUUUAAGAGUAUUUUAGUUAAACAGUUAGCUUUUAAAUCUAUUCAUGUUAAAAGAAAAGCACAAUGUGAAAAAAUAUUGAUCAAAAUAAAUGUAGUUGUACGAACUAAA